AUGUCCGAAGAACAGGUCACCCUUAUUGCAGAAACGACACUUACAACAUCAGAUCGUUCCCAAUCAGAGAAAGCUUUCGUCGUGACGGAAAAACCAAAACUUCUCCAGAAGAGCCGAACAACUGAUGCCACAAAUGGAACUGUCGUUUCUCAAUCCACAAAAUCAGCUGGAAAUAAAAAGCGCCGUAAAAAGAAGAGAACAACUGAGUUAACGCCGCUGAUAAAAGCUAUCCUCGUGCGAAUCAUGUUUGCAGCGCAUGCGAGUAUCGCCUUUUCUAGGGUGAUGCUUUCGGCAGCGAAUACGCUUGAUGAUGUUUCGAUGCCCUGGUGGAUGCCAUACAGCAAUAUUAUUGGUCUAGUAUUACUUUUCUUCGAAACCUUCAUCACCCUGUACAAACGAGGCGGAGAAGACUACAAGUACUUCUGCCCUUCCGUCUUCUUCUACCUGAUAUCAAUCAUCCCUUCGAUGGUCAUGCUCGAAUUCGAUCAAUUCUACCAGCUUCAGAAAUCCGAUUGUCAAGACACUGAGCCCGCAGUCGAGUUGAGACAGCGCCGCGAUGUUCUUUCUAUCAAUGUCAAUUCUUCCGACCUUGACGCUUUCUCCACAACUACCUCGAAAGCGGCCGUCCCAACACCAAGUUCGACCCCGCCAUUGAUUGGAGAUCAUCGUUUUAAGGAUGACGCGCUCGAUGUCCUCCAUGAUAUCAACUUCAAUCUCAAAGAAGGCAUCGCCAACAGUGGAGAAUUGAUUCGCGACUUGACGAGUAAUUUUGACGAAGGAGUUUGGAUUCUAGGCCUUCAUCAGGUUUUACUUUUCUUCCUCGUUCUUGGCCGAUGGAUGCUCCCCCGAGGAGGAAUUUCCCGAGAGCAGCUUUCCCAGCUUCUCUUAGUUUUCAUUGGAACUGGUGCAGAUAUCCUCGAAUUUGUCUCAGAGACGAUCGAAGAAGGAGACCCUUCAGAAUGCAGCGCUAUUCUUCACUACAUGAUCUGGUCCGUCUGGGCUUGGUCGCUGAUGCAGUUCAACUUUGUCCUUACCGCAUCGACCGCCAGAAAGCAAGACGUAGCGACUACCUCAGACAACACGCGGCGAGAUACAGAACAAUGUUGCGGAAGCUGCUGCCAGGGCUUCUUCCAGAACCCCGACGUGUGGGGAAUGUUGAUGACCUUGUUCAUUCAAGAUUUGCCAUUCUGCGUCGCACGAUGCUACUUCAUCUUCCAACUUGGAAUCCGAUCACAAAUGAUGAUCUUUUUCACGCUCAAAAAUCUACUCGUUGUGAUGCUCCAGUUGUAUAGACUCAAAGUCUUAUGGCAAACGAGAAAAGAAUACUUUACCAGAGGUCAUUAG